AUGAUAGAAUCAUCAACUAUGACAAUAGAAACAACAAACAAAGUAAUACCAUCAACCGUGACAACAAAAACAACAAACAUGAUAAAAUCAUCAAGUGUGACAACAAAAACAACAACUCAACAAUUUACAACAAUAGCGAGCAAUCCAACUACAGAAGGCAUACCAUCGGUUGGUCCAUGGGGCAUUUUUUUUGGCUAUGCAUAUUGUCCUGCAAAAACAUGGGCGUAUGGUUUUCAACAGCGUGUCCAACCAGCUCAAUAUGAACGUGAUGAUACCGCGCUAAAUGCAGUACGUUUGUUCUGUCAAGAAAAAAAUGGUACUGAUAGUUACGCUAUUAGCUCAUACGACGGCCGGUGGGGCGAUUGGGGCGAUGUUGUUUACUGCAACACUACAAAUAACAGCUUCAUGUAUUAUGCUGUCUUUAAAAUCGAAGAUUACCAAUAUGGUGGUGAUGAUACAUCAGCAAAUGACUUCAAAUCUCGUUGCUGGAACGGUACCACCAGUAGUGGUGAAUAUCUUCAAGCUACGAAUGGUCAAGUUUGGGGUAGCUGGAAGAACGGAACUGAUUGUGCUCAAGGAUCGGCUAUCUGCGGUAUUAACACAAAAUUCGAAGGUUCCAAUAGUGAUAAUGCAGCAAUGAAUGGCGCAUUUUUUGCAUGUUGUUCAUUAUGA